GGCUGGUGUUUGUGCUGUCAGUUGUCCGUCCUACUAGUACGUGUUAGUAGGCGGACUUGGUGAAAUAAAUCGUGGAAGGUGGUAACAAGAAAGAGAUUUUAAGAAAUGAAAAUUCCACUGAGAGAACAUUUCCCUUAAUAUUUCCAAUUCGUUUGAUUAAAAUUCGCAGGUUCACUUGUUUGAUCUACCAUUUUGUGUUCCUUAACAUGUAAUAAUUCUGUGAAGUGCAACCAACCCAGUAUCAAGAGGGGUCUAUCGGAAGUGUUCUGUGUUUGUGGUGUGCUGCGUAUGAAUGGAGUGUGUUGUAUUAUAGUUUCUUGGUGGUGUUUAAUGAUCAAAGGACGUAUGUGAACCUGAUAAACAAAAAAGAAAACUUAACAAUCGAUUGAAAUUGUAAGAAAGGGUGGAUGAAAAAGAGCUAUAAAAUCUCUUGCAAAAUAGAUUUCCAACAGCACAACACGGCAGACGUAGGAGAAUAUAAGAUGACGACCCGAUUCAAAGAUUGAUGGCGCGCCAGCGGUAGUACAGCCCCUCAGCUCUUCCUCCCAGAAGAGACGAGGAAGAAUUCAUCCACAAUCCUUCACCAACUCCCCUUCCCUUAUUCCCUUCUCCGCCCAAAACCCUCUCUCAUAACCAUAACCAUGGACCACAGUGUGAAAGCCAUGAACUCUCACCGUAAACUGGCCUUUUCCCGCCUUCUAAACCGCCACCGGUUCGAAAAUGACGAGCUGGAGAGUCUGUACCAGCGGUACAUCUUCAAACUCCAGCACUCAUCCGUGGCAAGUGUCGUGGCGCUGUUCGUGAUCCUGACGGGCAUCCUGGCUAACCUGAGCCUCGCCUAUGCGCAGGCGCCCACUGCGCAGAAUAUCUACCACAGCCUCCACUGUCUCCUGUUCGCACUGCUCCUUGCCUUUCUCAACACUCGACUGAUGCAGGACGCCUACCUCCUCUGGGUGUGCUAUGCCAUCCUGUUCUUCUGCACCACCUUCUGCGCCGUUGCCAUGCCCCUUGGUCCAGAAGAUCCCACCGCAGGUGGAGGGGGGAUGGGAGUCGAGACGCGGCGUGUGCUGGCAGAGGGCGUGUGGCAGGUGGUUUUUGUCGUGUUCCUGGCAUACGCCAUGAUGCCUCUAAAGACGUGGGUGGCUGCUGUGUUCGGAGUGUUCCUGCCAGUGGUGCACGUUAUUGUGGCAGCCAUCUUUGCAAAGGAAUUCCCAUCUCUUACUUGGCAACAGGCGACGGCGAACGUGAUCGUGUUCGUGUGCGUGAACGUUGUGGGCGUGUUCAUGCACAAUCUGAUGGAGCACGCCCAGAGGAAGGCGUUCCUAGACACCCGAAACUGCAUCGCUGCGCGUCUCGAAAUGGAGGACGAGAAUGAGAAAUUGGAGCGGUUACUGCUGUCAGUCCUGCCUCAGCAUGUGGCUAUGGAGAUGAAGGCGGACAUCAUCUCUCCUGUUGAAGGGCAGUUCCACAAGAUUUACAUCCAGAGGCACGAGAAUGUGAGUAUCCUGUUUGCUGAUAUUGUUGGCUUCACUGUAUUGGCAUCGCAGUGUACAGCACAAGAAUUGGUACGCCUUCUCAAUGAGCUCUUUGGACGUUUUGACCAACUUGCUAGUGAUAACCAUUGUUUGCGGAUCAAGAUUCUGGGUGACUGUUACUAUUGUGUAUCUGGCCUGCCUGAACCUCGCUCAGACCAUGCCCACUGCACUGUUGAGAUGGGCCUGGACAUGAUUGAUGCUAUAGCGUCAGUUGUUGAGGCAACAGAUGUGCAGUUGAACAUGCGAGUGGGGAUUCACUCAGGGCGUGUUCUGUGCGGUGUACUUGGGUUACGCAAGUGGCAGUAUGAUGUCUGGUCCAAUGAUGUUACUCUUGCCAAUAAUAUGGAGGCAGGAGGGGAGCCAGGGCGUGUUCACAUCACACAAGCAACACUAGACUACUUGGGUGGAGAAUAUGAGGUUGAGGCAGGCCAUGGUGGAACUAGAAACCAAUACUUGCGGGACCACAGUGUUGCCACAUAUUUCAUUGUGCCCCCAGCUCGACGGAGAAAGCCGUUGUUAUUCAACACACUGCAGGUUCGGUCAGCACUGGGGGCAGCACAGCGUCGCAAACUCUCAUUCAAGAAUGUGUCUAGUGUGGUGGUCCAGCUGCUUCAUUCCAUCAAGUACUCAAUGGAGGUGCCAUUCUCUAACAUAGCCACUCCUGGUGACCAUAAGGCAAAUGCUGCUAGGAAGGUGCUAGACCUGCAGCGAGCGCUCCAUGCUGAUCCUUCCACUACAGGAGGAAGACCUUUUGGUGGAGCAGAGGCUCUCCACCUUCAUGACAUUGCCAAUAAGAACAAGGUAACAGAAAAAUUUAAGCGGCCAUUUAAGAAGAGGCAUUCAAGCGUGUACCAUCAACCAUCCAAUCGAGUUAACAAGUACUUGGCCCAAGCCAUUGAUGCUCGAAGUGUGGACAGGGAGAAGUCCACGCAUGUCAAUCUAGCAACUCUGUGUUUCAAAGACCAUGAGAAGGAGACUCAGUACCAUGAUGACACAGAUGUUGGGUUCAGCAGCUCCUUGGCUUGCUCAUUAGUUCUGCUGCUGCUGAUAGGAGGGCUCCAAGCUGUGAUAUUGCCACGUACAAUCAUUCUGUUGUUGUUAUUCCUCACUGCUUUCAUCUGGGUGUCAGUUGUACUGAUGCUUCUGCUGGCAGUGAGGCUGCAGUGGAUCCUCUGGGACAUCUCGCAGAGUUUUGUGUUACGUCUUGCCAUCACUGUGUUCACUAUUGUGUUAAUCUACACUGUAGCACAAGUCAAUGUCUUCACUUGUCGGUGGGAUGUGCCCUGUCCUAUGCAGUCUACAGCAAAUGUGACGCUGGACACAUCAACCUACCAUGAUCAUCGUGCCUGCCCCUUGCCCCAGUAUAUUAUUCUUUCAUGCACACUUGGGUACCUGGCUGUAGCUGUGUUCCUCCGGCUGCCCAUCCUUGUUAAGGGGAUCCUUCUUAUCGUCAUGGCUACAGUGUAUAUCUUGCUCAUUGAACUCUCCCAUAUAGCCCUGUUUCAUUGCUAUGAUCAGCGUGUCAGAUCAGUGGUUCCACAGCAUGUGCUGGGAGUUGUAUAUGUUCUCAUGUUCCUGUUGGCUGUUGUGAUUCAUGGCCGGCAAAUGGAGUGGACAGCUCGGCUGGACUUCCUGUGGCAGAUUCAGGCAAAUGAGGAAAAACGUGAGAUGGAUGCUUUGCAGCAUAGCAACAAACGCAUUCUCUUCAACCUACUACCAGCCCAUGUUGCCACACAUUUUCUAGACAACCAGUUUCGCAGUAACAUGAACACUUUGUCACAGGAUCUGUACCAUCAGAGCUACACUCGUGUUGGCGUUGUGUUUGCAUCCAUCACCAACUACCAUGAAUUCUACAUGGAGCUGGAUGGCAACAAUCAAGGAGUUGAAUGCCUUAGGCUACUUAAUGAGAUCAUAGCUGAUUUUGAUGAAUUGCUGGGUGAAGAACGUUUUAAAGCAAUAGACAAGAUCAAGACAGUUGGUUCUACAUACAUGGCUGCUGUAGGUCUCAUGCCUGAUCUUCGUAUAUUAGAUGAAGACGAAACAACGGCAGGAUUUUAUUUAAGUACACUAGUCGAAUUUGUGUUUGCAAUGAGGGAAAAAUUGCUCAAUAUUAAUGAGAACUCGUACAACAACUUCAUGUUAAGAGUGGGAAUCAACAUUGGACCAGUAGUUGCAGGUGUAAUAGGUGCAAGGAAACCCCAGUAUGACAUUUGGGGCAAUACAGUGAAUGUGGCAAGUCGUAUGGAUUCUACUGGACUGCCAAACCAUACACAGGUAACUGAAGAGGUUUACCAGGUGCUUAAGAAUUUCCCAUAUGAGUUCCAGUGCCGUGGUAAAGUAAAGGUGAAAGGAAAAGGUGACAUGACUACUUACUUCCUCACUGACCGUAAACAGCCAGGCACAGUCAGGGUAGAUGAUCUUCCUGGUAUGCGUAGCUCAGCUAAUACUGGAGGUGGGAACAUGUAUGGUGGAGUUGCCACUCCUUUGACCCUGUUACACCAGAUCCAACAAGGAAGUGCACCAGAGAUGAAUGGUAGAAGCAAACCACAGCGACCAUCAUGCUCUCGAGAUGAGGGGGGUGGAAACGGUGGUGGUGGCAGCACUUCUUCACUUUCCCAUCAUGGUGGCUUCUCGAGUGGGAUGCACCCCAGCUUGCUGCUGAGGAACACUUCAAGGCUCCCUCCCCUCCGUGAGAACAGUUGCAGGGAGAAUGGUGGCAGUGGAGGAAACAGGCAUGGGGAGUGCGAGCCGCUUCUCCCUCUGAGUGGUAAUGUGAUGAAGAUCCUCCCCAGCCAACAACAACGAUCCAAUUACAUCAGCAACAGUUCUGGUGGUAGUGGUGGUGGUGGUGGUGGUGGCAGCAGUGGUGGAGGAGGCGGAAACAAGAAGCUGCACCAGCAGAGGUCAGUGGGCGGAGGAGAUUUGGACGACCUAGCAAACUUACCGCCACCCCCUCUACCUCCUCAUAAAGGUGGUCUGCAAUUCACAAACUUCCAAGGACAUUCCUCAGCAUCUUCCAAAGGUGUUCCUAGACCACAAGAUGUGACAUGUUACACACCUCCUUGGCCCCGGGGAGGGGGAGGGCUCUCUGAAGUGGGUAACAAUCGUGUCAGUAGUGGCAAUCAUAUGAGUCAUAAUAACAGCAAUAACAUUAACAAUAUGGCAUCUUCACACCAUCAGAACAGUACGGGUAAUGACAUGAAUUCUGGUGCUGUGAAACCUUAUAUGAAACCACUACCCAAAUUACCAGGAAAAGAAUCGGCUUCUCCAAAUCACGGACGACAUCAUCGAAGUCAAACAAGAGGACAUAAUGCAUCAGCACCUCCAUUACCCCCCCAUCAACAACCUUUGCUUCCACCCUUACCCAUGAGACCCGCAGAGCACUGCUAUGCACGCACUGAGGAGGCAUCUGUCCGCACCAAACUUCGCAACAGCCACAACAACCCUCUCCUUCAUCUCCAGCGCCACUAUUCAGAUGAAAGCCUUCCAGGAGCAACAGGCUUCUAUUUCUCAAGCCCAGCUCAACAAAGGAUUCAUUCUUCUGCUGAUGAGAUCAGCUCCCUCAAUCACUCACCCAGUAUAAGCUCAUCUGAUGAGAGUUACAGUAGGACCACCGAUGCAGAUGCUUCGCCAUCUCCUUCCCCUCCCCCUCAUGCCACAGCUGGUGACCAUGCAUCCACACAGCAAUGGCUUUAUCCUUCUGACAUCCAGGUGGACCCUUCAUCCUCUCUAGAGAACUCGCCAAGAGCUUCUCUUGACUAUAUUCCCCCUCACUGUUACCUUCCUGGUGCUGGUGGCAAUCAUAACAAUAACCCCAGUGGUGGUGGUCAGUCUGGUGGGGGAAGAAUCUCUAAUAUAACAUCAUCUCAGGAUUUGCCUCCACCAAACCUGUCAUCAUCACAGUGCUUUUCCCCUUCCAGUCACCCGCCAACUAGUCGAAGUAGGAACAAUGCUUCCUCUGCGUCAGGUGUAGGUAUAGGUAGUAAUGGUUCAGGAGCCACAAGACACGACUGGAGCCUCUCUCCAGCUCGCCAUCGCACAGGAGAUGGGAGCAGUGAGCAUUCUAGCACCACCAACUCCCGCAGCAGAGGUACCAAAUCAACAGUGGCAACCAACACAGAAACUCUUCCUCCUGCUACAUUACUAGCUCUCGCUGCUGCCAGCAAUACAAUGGACUCUGCAUGCUGCAGCCCACUGCCACGUUCUAUUGAUGGGCAGGAUUCUUACAAGGGUGACAGCUGUGGCAGCUUUGAAUACAUAGGGCAUCGAAGUGCACUGAAACAUGCAGCUGAAAAGCCUCCAGGGAUACAUAGGGCAUCUAGUGCAAAUGGCGAACGUUGUCAUAGUACAUGUAGUGGCAAGUCUCCUAGUAGGAAUCUGAAACAGCUUCAUAAUCAGGACAAGAAACAAGGUGGGGCUAGUGGGGCUAGUGCGAGUGUUAAAACUGUGCCAAGUGAUUCGGCUUUAGUGUCACCUGAUGAUAACGUUGGAGCUAAGGUUGCAGGUGCAGUGAAACAGCCUUCAGUUAGUGAUAGUUUGGGUGAAAGGGAACAUCUGCCUGGAUAUGGAGAUGAUGUUGAGGAAGAAAAUUCACGUGCAACAUCCACAAGUGAGAGAUCAUCCAAAAAGGAUUGUUCUAGUCAGACAGAUAGGAAAGAUAUGUUGUCUAGAAGUCAUCGACGACAUAACUCUUCUGCGGGUUGUGCAGGAGGUACGGGGGGGACCAAAGUAGAAGCACACUCCCCACUCUCAUCAUCAAUAAAUACACGAUCCCUUGGUGCAGAUGGUAUGGGUUUGGCUUUGGCAGGUAAACUCACAUCUCCCAUUGUUGAAAUGGGUUCCAAAUAUCAUUACCAAGGUGCAGCGGCUGUUAUAGCGAAAAUACCCAACUUUGAACGUGAGAUUCAGAAACUUCUUGAAGACCAAAACCUUCUCAAGAACAUUCCACCAAAAUGUGAGAAAACACAUCAAAAUAAGGAGAUCAUAUCUCUUGAGGAGCUGAAGAAUGUGAAUCAAGUUUUGGCAGAAUUGGGACAUUCGAGCUAUCUGCUGGAAAGGGAUCCUGUUGUGGGCAUGUUAGGAAGAAGCCCUGGGAAGGAAACGAGCGAGUAUGAGAACCUAGAGAGUGAUGCCAUUGAUGAUGAUGAUGAUGGUGAUGAGAAGAAGGAGAACGCUGAAAUUGAAAGCUUUGAACGCGAGGAGAAGAGGAUAGUUGAGGAAGUGGAAAGACAGUCUGGAGAUGAAGAGCUGGAGGCAGAGGUAAAGCGAAUUCUUGAGGAAACAGCAAGACAACAGCAACAGCAGGAGGAGGAGCAGCAGCAGCAGCAAGAAAAUGUUUUUGGUGGGGAGACAAGCCAAUCAGAAUGGAGUGAAGAAGACGAUGACGAUGAUGAAGGUGCUGCGUCUGAACCGCUUCUUGCUGAUCGUGAAUCAACCGGUUACACGACUGAUGAUCCUGCACUAGAGAAUAUAUCCAUGUUGAAUGAGACAGGGCUCACUGAUGCCGAGGGUGCCCUAAGUGAUGUGAAUUCAGUGUUCAACGAUGCAGGACAUGAUGGAGACAUGGAUGACAACACCAGCAUGUCUUCUCGUGCUUCAUCACGAAUAUUUGAUUCAGAUGCAAUGAUGAGUUUAGAUUCACUUAGUGCCCUGUAUGACUCUGAGUAUGAUAAUUGUUACAGAACUGAUGAUGAUAUCAAUGCGUUACCAGACAGUGUGUCUGAUCUUGAUAGAAUUGACUAUUUUGCAGCUGUUGCUACUGACACAGAUAUUAACUUGGCUAAUAUCCGCUACAUGUCUGAAAGUAUUACCAGGAACUUUGGCCAACCAAGAAGUGAGACAGACCCAGACAGUGAUGUUUAGACAUGGUAACUACACAAAGCUUUCCAUGAGAGGGAAUGGCAACAGUUUAGCUCCUAGAUCUAUAUAUGCAUGUCAAAGCUACAGAAAGGCUGUGACAAAUGUAUUGUUUUACAUUACUCAGAAUACUGAAAGGGACUAUAGGUAGUGUGCAAUAACAUGUGUUAGAUAAAAUCUGUACCAUCAGAAAUGUUGCUGUUGGUAGUUACAGAUGUUUGCAUCCCUGCACUCUAAAAACACUUAAGCCCUAGGAAGUGUUACAACUCACUUCAAGAUCAGGAUAUGGUGUUAUACUAAAAUGAAGCUCACUUGUCACUUAUGUGUAAGGAGAAUGUGUCGCUCGGAAUUGAGAUACAGCAUAGUCUGUGUUGGUAUGAAGCCAGCUCCUUAAGAAAGAAUAAUUCAGCUCACAGUGUGAAAAAUUACACACAGAUUUUUAUUUCUCCACCGAGAUACAAAAUUAAUCUUAAGAAUGAUUUAUUGGACUUUAAAAAUGUAGGGUAUCCAGUUUGAUUGCCUGUAACUCAUGACUCCAGAGUUAAGUUAUAAAAUAAAAUAACAGUCUGGUUCUCUGGAGAAGGGAA